UGGGGAGGGGUCUAGGGCAGUGGUUUGACCCUCUCCCGUCCCGUAGUUUGUGGGGGGGGCUCUAGGGGAGUGAGUUGCCCCCUCUCCAGGUCCUACAGCUGUGUGUGUGUGUGUGGGGGGGUGGCUCUAGGGCAGUGAGUUCCCCUCUCCUCCCGGUUCCAUUGUCCCACAGUUGUGGGGGGUGGGUCUAGGACAGUGAGUCUUCCUCAGGCCCCCGUUGGUAGACUGGUGGAUCGAGCAGCGAGUUGGUCCCCUGUCAAGGUGUUUGACUGCUAACACAUGAGAUUCCAGUGCAGAAAGAGUAGUGGAUUUGAUUAUACAGGACCCAAGAUUGGAGGAAAGAUGGAGAAAAAAUCCAAGGGCAGUUUAAGAUCUUUCAAGACAGAUGCAGCUCAGAAAUUGCAUACUCCCAAAGUCCAUGGAUUUGGACGAUCUGUUACUCUCCGGCCUGGUGGGAAUCAGUGUUGGAAUGGGAGUCAUCUGGUUCCAUGUCGGGUCACAUACACCUGGAACCGAGGUGGGAGGUUAAAAGAACUCCGUAUCAGGCAUCUGGCCAGGAAGUUCCUCUAUUUGUGGGUGAAAAAGACAUUUGGACAAGUUCUUCCUUCCAAAGCUAGAUGUCAUUAUGAUCGGAAGAUUCUGCAAAAAACCUUUGGCGAGUGGAAGGAGGAAUGGUGGAUUGUCUGCAGAGAGUGGAAGCUUAGCGUCAGAGCUGACUGCCAUUACAGAUAUUUCCUGUACAACCUGAUAUUCCAAGCCUGGAAGACAUUUAUAUGCCAGCAGCGAGAACAGAGGAGCAAGUAUUGUGUCGCAGAGGCUCAUGCGGAGAAGCAGAAACUGCGCUGGACAUGGCAGCAUUGGCUGAUCUACAUUGAUGUUCGCAAGACCAAGCAUAGGAUGCGAUCCGAGGCACUGGCGUUCAGGGAAACAAGCACUCUGCGCGUGUCGUGGAGAGUGUGGACAAGACGACUGCGCCAGAAGUGUACUGGCCGUGAGAUGAAUACUCUGGCUCUGCAGCACUGGGCCCAGAGCCUGCAGUUUCGGGCUUGGCUACAGUGGAUGGAGCUGUAUUUGCACGUCCAGCAUGACAAGCAGAAGGAGGCCUGGGCAGUGAAUCAUCAUCAGCACUGGGAGCUGAGGAGAUGCAUGAAGGCCUGGCUCGGGCACCUGCAGCUUCAAAGAGAAAAGAAGCAUCAGGACAAGCUGGCUCAGCAACAUUACCAAGUCUGCGUGCUCCAACACUGUUUCUCUGGCUGGCGACGGGCCUGGGAGCACAGGAGAAGCAUGCAAAUCCACCAGGAGUGCAUUGGUGAGCUAGCAGCAAGGGUUACCUUACGGAGAGUCUUCACACACUGGAAGCAUUAUGUUGUACUGUGCAUGGAAGAGACCUGGAAGCACAAGCUUGCAGAAAAGCAUCACCGGCACCAUCUGUUGCACUUUGGGUUUAAUGCCUUGCGGAAGAACAUUAUAAAUGCUCGUCUCCAGCAAAUGAGAAGAAAUUUGGCUCAUCGGCAGUAUCAAGUAAUGUUGCUGCAGAGCUUCUGGAAUCGCUGGAAGUGUCGGUUAGAACAGGAGGAGGAAGAGCAUCAGCGGUCCCUGACACUAGCAGCUCGCAACCACUACAGGGUAACGCUUCUGCACAAGUCUGUCAGGUUGUGGUUAAGGAAUGCCAAGUGGAGAAGACACAGGCAGAUGCAAUAUGCCAAAGCUGACAGUCACUAUGGAAGAGUGAUCUUGCCUGUCACCUUCCAGGCCUGGAAGAGGUUUAAGAACGAUCAACACUGGUGGAGAGAGAUGAAGGAAACGGCAUCAUGCUUUCAUAGGGAAUUGUUGAUGAGACAGGUAUUUGACACGUGGUGGCUGAGUGCAUGUCAGCAUCGAGAGAACCGUACGAGAGAGAGAAUGGCCAUUCUUCACUCUAAGCAGCAGGUGUUGGUUCGUUUCUGGUGCUCCUGGCGCAGGAGAACAGUGGUGUGUUUGGAGGAGCGAGAGAGCACGGCUCUUGCCCAUGAUCAUUACUGCCACCUACUGCUGAGGAAAACUUUCCAUUUUUGGAAGAAGAACAUUCAGGAGAUUAGAUCAGAGAGGAUCAAGGAGGUGAAAGCUAUUAGGUUUCACUAUUCAAAGUGCCUGAAGUGGUCUUGGAGCAAGUGGAGAAAGUAUGUGGGACAUAGGUCUAAGAAGUGGAAGACAUUGGUGCGAGCAGACAUGUAUUAUCAGCAUUCACUGCUGGCCAGGGUUUUGGCUGCCUGGAAGAGUUACCAGCAAAACAUACAGUGCAUUCUACGCCAAGUCGAUGAAAAGGAUGAGGAGCGUAAUAGGGCGCUGUUGCGACAGGUGCUGAGUAUCUGGAGAGAAAAUACUGUUGCCCUUGUGGGUGAAGCUAAGAAAGCUGUACAGGCAGAACUGCACUACAGGAGAUCAACUCUCUCAAAGGUGCUACUCCAGUGGAGGGACGCUACCUGUCUGCGGGUGUACUGCCGUCAGCAGGAGGCAGAAGCUCUGAGGCAGGCCAGAAGGUGUUUGGAUAUGGUGCAUUUAAGGGCCACGUUUCUUCACUGGAAGGAAUUCACCACGAGGUCCUUGGUGCUGAGAGUCCAGCUAGACACUGCAGCUCAGCACCACCAGAGGCAACUGCUGCGAGAGUGCCUGGCAAAGUGGAAGCAGUAUCAUCUGCAGUGCAUAGGAAAGAUGCUCCUGCAGAGACGGGGAGACCAGCUGAUGGCUCAGAGACUCUGCUCUACCUGCUUUUCCUGCUGGAAGAGACAGCUGGCACAGAAGCAAUGGGAACGGCAGGAGACAGUGCGGGCACUGUGGCAUUGGUCACUCUCGCUGCAGGGGAAGGUGUUUGAUGCCUGGCUGGGGUUUGCCCUGGAGCGGCAGCGGAAGAAAGGCCGCAUUGAAAAAGCUGUAGUGGUUUACCGUGCUGCCCUGUUGAAGGAGGGUGUGACCCAGAUCCUGACGUAUAUGGCUGGCAUGAAACAGUUACGGGGGCAGCUUCAAGCCCAGCACCAGCUGAAGGCAGCCUACAGCCUUCACCAGACAGUGUAUCGUUGUGCCAUGCUGUGGAAACGAAAGGCUCUCUGCAGGAACCUGGACAAGCCUCACUCCUCUCUGCCUUCUCUGAAGAAGAGGGUGACAUUUAAGAUGCCCAGGCCUGAUGCCAACCCUGGGGCAGGAGGAGACGCAGCAAAGGCAGUGACUCUGUGCCCUGUGCCGCAGCCCAUGAAGAGCGACGAUUUGCCGUUCCUCCUUGCUGCUGGGGAUUCGGUUCUUAGUGAGCUAAACGCAGUCCGCCAGGCAAGACUACAGCCCCGUAGACCUGACUUCCUGCUGCAGUCUCUGGAGAGAGAGGGCUUGUUGGGGAUACCUUUCAAUGAACUGGAGGUACCAGAGGUGCCUUUGCCGCAAAUAUCCAUGAACAAACAUCCUGCUCAGGCUGGGGCCUUACUUGCCUCAACUCAAACAGAGCAAAGCAGCUGUAAUCAGCUGUUCCAGAUGGAUAGCACUAGUUACUCCUCAUGCCCCCUUACUGUGCCUACCCCUCUAACUUGUCUACCAUCUUGGACACAUGGCACAUGCCAUCCUGCUCAGACUAGUCCAAAGCCAGUGCUGUUGCCUCCCUCGUCCUUCACGUCACGUUUGAGAUGUGAAUCAGAAAAGAAUGAAGGUCAGCCCCGGAAGGGUCACCUGGAAACUUUUCUCCAAGACCCUCAACAGGCCACUGUGGGGAAGGAGAGGAAGCAGCCAAACUCACAGGCACAUCUGCUGCUGCGCGAAGUUGCCACAGGAAAAGAGAGCAGGCCAAAAACUGCAGUCAAGCACACAAGUGGGAUAGGUCUUUCAGGCUCCAGUUAUUACAACAGAGGCAACACAGCACAUGAUAGCAAUGAGAACCCACAGGCACGGCACAGUGUUGAAAGUCAGAGGAGGCAAGGCUAUUCCACAGAGGGAACAGAGCUGCAGAAACAGCUGGAAGCAGAGCUCCAACACAUCCGACAGCAAAUGCAGCAUUACCACGAUAGCAAGCAGGAGCUCAAGUCAUGCCGGCGGCAGGCGCGCAUUCUGCACAAGUGGCUGGAAAUGAGCACUGUGGGCACGGGGGCAGUGGAGCACGAUGUUGCGCAGCAUGUUCAAGAAGAGCUGGAUCAGUUGGAGGUGCAGAUCAACGCUCUCACCAAAGUGCUGCUAGAAGGGAGACAUUGUCUGCAGAGCUACAUCACCCGGGUGGAGGACAUUCGCACUGCUUUGGAUAUGUAACAAGUCUAAAACCUGGGAAGGGUUGUUCAUGCUCAGUGGUAGAAUGGGCUGGCUGGCUGUUCGAUCUUUGAUUAUGUGCUUUUGAUGUCAGAGAUCACGUACAUUAGGUGUAUGUCCUCUCUAACUUUUGUGAAGGGAAGUAAACCAAACCACUCUACCAGUUAAAUGUCUGUUUCCUUUUGCUGCAUGCAUAUGGAAGACAUUACCUCAUUUAUUUACCAUAGUUGUGAUAAGAAACAGGACACUCUGCUGUGCAGCUCAAAGCUGCACUCAUCACAGUCCUUAGCUGAGUAUUCAUAGAGCCCAUCACUAUAGUAUCUAUUUAAACUCCCCUGCUUAUUAAGAAGCUAAACAAUGCUGAGAAGACUUAUUUUAAAAUGUUUGAAAUUCAGAGUUAAUGUUGAUAAAUCAUGCAGUGUGACAUACAGAAAUACUGUGCUAGUGUUCCAGUUGAAAAAUUAAAUGGAUUCUCUCUGCUGGGGAAACUUACAGCAUGGCUGGUAUUCUCAAGAAACCCUGCUUUUACUUCCUCUGAUCAGUGGGUAAGACACUCCUGCUAGCCAGCCAAGCUUCCACAGUGCUAAGACCAUUACAAAGAGAGCUGACCUGGUGCAGACUGAUCUGUUUGGCACAUUCAUAGUAAAGAGAACAGUAGCAACUUCUCUCAGCCCGUUAGAACUGGGUGCUCAGAUACUGUGACGGCUGAGGAGUGAGGAAUUUAAAGCUUAAAUUUGUUUUCUUCCACUGAGGCCUUUUGUCUUAGUUGUGGUCAAGAGAUUCAAUCUUUCUUCCUCUACCCCAUUGCAACAGGCUUGUGCUGUUCGCAGAGCCUCUAGCACCUGAAGGGUAAUUAGUCAUAGCUUCAACCCUAAGGGCUGAUGAUGUCUGCAUGCAUUUCACAUCGUUUUUAAGAAAUUCAUGCCUAGCUGGAAUAAGAACACAAGUUCUGAACUUCCUAGCACUAAGGGGCUGACCGAAGUGGGUGUGUGUGGGGGACUAAGAGCCAUUUUAAGCAGCCCCCAUUUAAUCUGAGGAAAUGGUGACUCUUGGAGCCAAAGGAUUAGUUCUCUCCUACAUUGACCAAGACAGGGCUAAAUCAUCAAGCUCAUCCUAGGAGCCUUUGGCAGGCUAUAUUACCAGACACUGAGCACGUCUUUCCUCCUCUACUGACAAGUUAAGUGUAUAGGGCUUGGCCAGCUGUCCACACUUGAUUCUGUUUUCUCCAGCACAUCCAGGGGCGACAGACUUUCCUUUACAGGAUCAAAGGUAGACAGUGCUCAGUCUCAUUUUUAAUUAAUUCUAAAAGUUUGUUUCAGAAGAUCCCCUUGGAACUGCAGGCAGAUCUUUAAAGAAACCACCAGCUCCCCCUCAAGCUGGGAAAGAGUAGAUGACCUCACAGGAGCUGGGAGGGCCAGGUUUGAUGAGAAGCUAGUCCAUUCCUUCAAGCUCAGGGUGUCCCAUUCACUUACAGGCAGACGACUUCCUUGGCUCAAAAUAGAAUUUAUUCAGUAAGAACAAGCAAUACAUUGCAGGAGAAGUGAGUUGCUCUCAACCCUUUUGGCACCAGUUGCUGUUAAUCCCAUUACUGGUAACAUGAAGCUUAAAACUCCUAUUCUUAGUGUCAUGUUCCCUACAUUAGUGAAGGAGGUUGUUACUAUUUCCAUCUAACCCUUCUUGGCAUGAAUUAACAGAGACUAAAGUUGCUGCAGGAUGAAGCUGCAGAGCACUCAGCCCCAGCUUCUCUCUACCAGCUCUAUGAGUGCAAAAGAAAAAUGGAAGUUUGGCUUUUUUUGGUAAGUUAAACAAAUAUUUGCAAGUCCACUGAAGGCUAGAAAAGCAAGUUAGUGCACAUGGGGAGCAAGCUUGGAUUGCCCCAAAGGUCCAUAAUGGUUUUUAAUACACAGUCAAUGCCCAUGGCAUUUCACUCCGUGCACUAAACUAUAAGCCCUGAUGUAUUUCAAAUUGUUUUGUACAGGGAGAAAUUCCCACAUCAAGACCUCAAUGUCAGACUCUGAAGGUUAUGACUCAACACAAUAAGCAGCAGCAUCUGUACAGCA